AGCACACGUCAGCAGACCUCAUUAUAUGGUUCAUGUGGUCAUGGUGGGUGUUUCUGUGCACCAGGAAUUCCAGGCAUCCCAGGAAGCCCUGGACCCGCGGGAACAGCAGGUGUUACGGGAUCACCUGGUAAUCAUGGACCUGAAGGACCCAUGGGCCCACGAGGAAACAAAGGUGAUAAAGGGGCCCGUGGAAGACAGGGACCACCAGGUCCCAAAGGAAUUAAAGGCCCCGCAGGCCCAGCAGGUCCACCCGGUAACAAAGGUGAAGCAGGUCCUCGUGGAAAUCAAGGUCCCCCUGGCCCCAAGGGACCUCAAGGACCCUCAGGUUCAGCUGGCUCCCCUGGAAACAAGGGUGAUACAGGCGCUCGUGGAAGUCAAGGUCCCCCAGGUCCCAAGGGACCUCAAGGACCUUCAGGUUCUACUGGAUCCCAUGGAAACAAGGGUGAUACAGGUGCUCGUGGAAGUCAAGGUCCCCCAGGUCCAAAGGGUGCCCCAGGAUCGUUUGGUCGUAAUUGGAAACAGUGCGUUUUCAAAAAUCUAAACGAUGACAGGGACUCUGGAUUGAUUAAGGUAAAGACUCAGUUUGCAGAUAUUAAUCAGUGAUGUAAACCUGCAGUAACUUGGAGGAAAACUAAGGUAAAUUUUGAAAAAGAAAUUCAUUUACUUUUUAAUUUAUUAUGGAGAACUUUUAUUUUCCAACAGUAAAACUGGAAUCCGUGACAGCCUUCAGCAUUGUUCAUUACAAGUCGAAAGUAUAUUAGUCUAGUUGUUUUUAUUUUGGUUUGUAAGUUGCUGAUUUUUUCUAUUCUAUUUUCAAAGAACUGUACUUUCAAGAAGAUGUCAGAUAAUACCGGGCUUCGCGUUUUCUGGAAUGGCAACCUUCGCCUCCGAGGCUGUGACAACUGCUGCAGGAGAUGGUAUUUCACUUUUAAUGGUUCAGAGUGUUCAGCUCCAGCAGCCAUUGAUGGUGUAGUCUACAUGGAGUAUGGAAGUCACAGCAGACAUAAGAAUUUGCACCGCCCACGUCACAUUGAAGGAAUUUGUGACAAAAUCCACAAGGGCACUGUACGCGUGGGUUUCUGGGUCGGCAAUUGUGCUGGUUUCGGAUCUGCUGAUGCUUACACAGGCUGGAACUCAGUGUCCCGGAUCUACGUGGAGGAAGUACCUCCCCCACAGGCUUAA